AUGUUAAAGGCGCAGUACGAGCAAGUGCCUUUGUUAGUUUUACACGUAAUUGUAUUCACUUUGAUCAUAUUCUGUCUAAACGCGUUCUUAAUUUCAAGAACGUUCAAGAAAGAGUUCCUCUCAACCUAUAACGCCCAGCAGGCAUCAUCUCAACUGAAGAAGGUACUUCAAGGCCUACCUGAAGGAGUCACCAUCAUGGAUGAGCAAGGAGGUGAACUCAAGUUCCUCAACAAGAAACUUAAGCAGACCUUUGAUGUGGCUUCAUUCCACCAAACCAGCAAAGAGAAUAGAGAGUUGGCUAAAGCUCAGGAGGCAAUUCAAAAGUCGUUAGAUAAAAUAUAUUCCAGAGUCACCUCUGAUUCCUUGGGUCCUGGUGACUCAUUCAUUUUUACAAAUGAUAUCCUGAGUAAUUUCGUGGUACAGACUAAGACCAGCAGAGUUGAAGAAGGUAAAGGAGGUGACUCAGAUAUACAGAAAGAAGUUCUUGAAGAAAUAGGGUUGAAUCAUUUUUUGAGAGACGAAAGAGAACACUGACUUUGCUCAGAAGACAAUGAAAGAAGAAUCAAAGUUUCUAUUUUAUAUAAGAAUGUAUAUGUUUUAAGGGAUGUAGAGAUCUUACAAAGAGACUUUAUUGUUGUUACAUCUAAAAUAAAUGUAAUGGGAAAUCGAGAUAUUAAGCCAACUUUUCUCCAAAUGUUCAUUGACACGACUCAAAUCACACAAUUAGAAAAAGCAAAAGCCCAAAGCAAAUAUCAGAGACAAAUGCUCUCAAACGUAUCACAUGAGUUCAGAACGCCUCUCAACGCAAUGUCGUUAUCACUAUACCUGAUGAAAGACCAUAUCAACGGUGUGUUACUUAAAUAUCACCAGAUCGCCUCAUCAUCAUGAGACAUCCUCAAAGGUCUGGUCGAAGACAUUCUGGACAUUUCAAAGAUCGAAGCCGGAGUCUUCGAAAUCCAGGAGUCAGAGUUCACAUUCAAACAGCUCUUCGAUGAAGUAAGCUCCAUCUUCGAGAUGCAGACUCGCAUGAAGCAAGUUGGCUUGCACUUCACAAUGGAGGAUGCCUUCUGUGAACUCAAAGUGAAGUCUGACAAAGAGAGGCUCAAGCAGAUCCUCCUGAACUUGUUGUCCAACUCUCUGAAGUUCACCGACGAGGGCUCCAUCAAUGUGGAGUUGAAGAUCCAACAGAUGAAAAAGCUCAGUGCGCAACAAAUCAAUUCAGGUGAUGAAGCGAAGCUGUCUUCAGUAGAAGCCUUUGACGAAAUGCCAGUGUGCAAUCUUCUUCUCGUAACUGAUAACUAUGAAUUCAAAUCACACAAAUCCAAGUUUGAUGAACCUGCAUUAGGUUUUUCAAGACAAGACAAGACCACUGGCAGAUUGAUGCAGAAAGAGGCUAACCAGUCAAUACCAUCUAAUUUCACAAAAGAACUCUGACUCGAACUGAGUGUCAGAGACACAGGCAUUGGGAUUCCUGAGGGAGACUUGCCAUCUCUGUUCAAACUCUUUGGUAAGACCAGUUCCAACCACAACCGGAACAAGACUGGGACUGGGCUCGGCCUGACUAUUUGCAAGAAGUUGUGUGAGAAACUAGGAGGGAAGAUAGUUCUGGAGUCAAAAGAAGGAGUUGGAACCAAGGUAACAUGCACGUUCAGAUGCUUCUAUUAA